UUUUUGUUUGAAUCAAACAAUAUUUUUUAUAGUUAAUUUACAACGUUAAGAGUCAUAAAAUAGUUAAUACAAUAAAAUAAAUUAUUAAGUAUGAACCAGCAACUAAAAUACGAACAUUUAUUUGAGUAACUGUUAACACAUUUUUCAAAUUUGUCUCCAAAAACACAAUAAUUAAAUCAAGAAACCUUUGAAAUUUAAAUUGAAUAAAUGGAAACACAACUGUCAAAAGCUAAAAAAGAAAAGUUUACGACAGAAAACAAGCAAAUUGUGAAAUUGAAAUUGUCAAAAGCUUAUUUUCACAUAAAAAGGCAAAACAACACAUAAACGCACAAAAGUUUCAACCAAACUACUCAGCGAGUAAGCAAAGACAAAAAGCUACACAAGCGAAUCGCAUACAAGUACGAAUUGAAUCAGUCCGCUAGUGAUCUCAUCAACGACAAACAAACGCAAUUCCAACCGGCUGCGACAUUUUGUAAAUAUAAAAUAUUCUUCUUCCAUUGAUUUGACGUUAUUCAUUGCAAAAUAGUGACGUUUCGCCAUUUUCGAAACUCCAAAUAAAGAAUUAAAUCAAUAAAGCGAAAUGUUACUUUCCAAAUCCAUGCGAAUAACACCAACACUUGUUAGUGCAACUGCAGCAAGAAUUAGUGGUCCAAGUGUAGUGGCGAAUCUGGAUCAGCAUAGAAAUUUGGUUCUUACAAACGCAAUCAUACAAAAUGGUUUGACCGAUAAUGUACGCAUACAAAGCGAUUUUAUCAAAUUCAACGCAAUUGCCCCCUUCACAUUGACAGCAGUGCGCUUCUAUGCGGAUAAUGCCAAGCGAGAACAUCAAACCACCAGCUCGACGCAAAAUGUGACUGCACCCAGUUUACCGGAUCGCGAACAAGUUGAAAGAUUCCUCUUCCGUGUGCUUGCUUUGCUUUGGGAUGUAAGCGUGUGGGUCUAUAUUAAUACUAAGAAACUUAUCGAUACACACAUAAUCGCUAAUGAUUCCGUGCAAUGGUAUUGGAAGCGAAUGCACGAACGGAUGGCUAAGGCCAAGAAGGAAUGGUAAAAUGUAUGUGCAAGAUGCACUAUGAAUAUUUCGAAGGAAGCACGUUAACUAUACUACUCAUUCAUAUUUUCCAUUUGAUCCACAAUUUUUCUAUUAAUUUAGCUAAUAUGUUUGUAUUUGAUUAGAUAAAUUUCAUAUUUAGCACCCAUGUUAUCAUAUUUAUUAGUUACUUUUGUAAUAAAAAUAAAAAUAAAUCAAGUUGAUAAAUAGGUA